ACAGCUAGCUAAGCUUUCCAAUAUCACUACUUAAAACCUAAGCCAAUAUUACCUUGCGAACAAUGGCUUUUGAGAAAAACCUUGAGGUCAUUGCCAUAUUCAUCGUCUUGGGGACUUUGGCAUCUCAAGCCACAUCCCGCACACUGUCCGAAGCUUCCUUUGCUGCAAAACAUGAUCAAUGGAUGACAAAGUUUGGCCGUGUUUAUGAGGGCAAUGCGGAGAAGGAAAGGCGUUUCGCCAUAUUCAAGAAGAACGUGCAGUUUGUGGAGAAGUUCAACACUGAAGGGAACAAGACUUACAAGUUAGGACUGAAUGAACAUUCUGAUUUGAGCGAUGAAGAAUUCCUCCGGCAGCGUACUGGAUACAAAAGGGCCACUGAAUUCACCUCAUCCCCAAACAUGUCUUUCAGGUACGAAGACCUCAGCCCGACUGAUGUUCUGCCUAGCAUCGACUGGAGGGAGAAAGGAGCUGUCACCCCCAUAAAGGAUCAAGGAACCUGUGGCUGUUGCUGGGCAUUUUCUGUAGUGGCAGCAGUGGAAGGGAUUAACCAAAUCAAAACUGGGAAUCUGAUCUCACUGUCCGAGCAACAACUUCUGGACUGUACCAGUGGCAACUACGGCUGCGAUGGUGGUUCCUUGCCUACUACAUUUGAAUACAUCAAACAAAGCGGAGGAAUUGCCAGAGAAGAAAACUACCCGUACGAGGCUGAACAGGGAACAUGUAACGCUAAUCAGCCUGCUGUCCAGAUCACUGGUUAUGAACAGGUGCCUGCCAAUAGUGAAGAAGACCUACUCAAGGCUGUGUCCAUGCAGCCAGUCUCAAUAGCCAUCGAUGCUUCCGGGGAGGAGUUUAAGCAUUACCAAAGUGGGGUCUUCUCGAACACAGAUUGUGGGACGACACUGGACCAUGCUGUUACCGUCGUUGGGUACGGGACGACUGAGGACGGCACUAAGUAUUGGUUACUCAAGAAUCAAUGGGGUGAGAGCUGGGGUGAAAAUGGCUAUAUGAAAAUUCUUAGGGAUGCUGGUCCCCCAGAAGGUCUCUGUGGCCUUGCUCGGGACGCUUACUAUCCGACUGCAUAAUCUAUAUAUAUUUAUAUAGGCUAUAGAAUCCAUAUCUAAGUGAGUGUAUUAUCAUUAAUGAUUGGCUGUGAAAGUGCCUGUAUCGGCUAAGGCAGGAGCUAGCAAAUAUAUCCAACUAUAUCAUGAAUAUAAUAAAAUUUUGAAUUAAUAUCCCA